GUGAGCGUGGAUGUGUGUGUUGGUUGUGUUAGUGGCCGGUAGAGGGCAGUAGUGUGGCUGAUGAACUACGCCCAGCUGCCUGCUGGGGAACGUGAGAGAUGCAGACGAUAAAGUGUGUGGUGGUGGGAGAUGGAGCAGUGGGUAAAACCUGUCUGCUCAUCUCCUACACGACAAAUAAAUUUCCUUCUGAGUAUGUCCCCACGGUAUUUGAUAACUAUGCAGUUACAGUAAUGAUUGGAGGUGAACCAUAUACAUUAGGCCUUUUUGAUACUGCUGGGCAAGAGGAUUAUGAUAGACUGCGACCCCUUAGUUAUCCUCAGACAGACGUGUUUCUAGUCUGUUUUUCAGUGGUGUCUCCAUCAUCGUUUGAGAAUGUCAAGGAAAAGUGGGUGCCUGAGAUCACUCAUCACUGCCAGAAAACUCCAUUCCUUUUAGUGGGCACACAGAUUGACUUGAGAGAUGAUGCUGCUACAGUUGAAAAGCUGGCCAAGAAUAAACAGAAGCCCAUCACCUAUGAGCAAGGUGAUAAGCUGAGCCGUGAGCUUAAGGCUGUAAAGUAUGUAGAAUGUUCAGCACUUACACAGAAAGGACUCAAGAAUGUAUUUGAUGAAGCAAUUCUUGCAGCCUUAGAGCCUCCAGAACCCCAGAAAGGAAGGAGAUGUAUUGUUCUGUAGGGUAGGACACAUCCACAGUAAACCUUGGAGGAGCCCCAGGCAUAACAUGUGCAAGAUUGCCUUUAUUGGUCAGUAGAAUUUUGUGGAGUUAAUUGCCUCUGAAGCUAUUUGGAUGAGAAUUUGCCAUUGUUCAAACUACAGGAAUGUGUGUGUUUAUUAUUACAGUACAUGGUAUGUUCCAGUAGUGAAUGAGGGAAGAUGCCAAAGUUUGUAUUUCUUGGUGAAUGAAUGAAGCUUCAUGCAGCUUUGGGGCUGAACUCCUUGGGGGAACUUAAGCAACCUAAGCACAAGAAAUGGCUGCCAGGUAGCAUGGGUGGAGAAGUAGCAUUGUGCGGCAGAAUACAUUACUCGCACAACCUCCUUUUCCAUCACCACUACAAACCUAUUCAAUCAAUCAAUUUGGGUUUAAAGGCAUAGACUGUUGGUCAUUAUGUGCCUGUACCACAAAACUGUUGUGUUCCCACUUGCCCUAUCCGUUUUUCUGAAUCGGCAUCCUACCUGCACCACUUCAGAACCUCAUGGUUCCACCUCCCCCCCCCCCCAUUUAGGUAGUGUGUCCUUUCAUUUUUCACAAACUUUUCAUGUUAAUUUCUAUGAAGACCAUGAACACAAAUAUCAUCUGAUUCCAGUCAUCCCUGAAUUCUUAUUCAUUAUUCAUAAAAAAAAUGAUCAACAACUUGGUAUUAAAGUUCUCUUAGGAUUCACUCUUUUUAUCUCUUUGCCUUUCUCAAGCUUAAUGCAUCUCAUCCUAUUUACUAGUAAUGGAUUUGUAAGUGUUGAUGAAUUAAAAAAAAAAUAACCAAUAUUUGUAUGAGCUUAACUUCUGAUAAAUAACUGCCUCAGACUAUCAUAAGUUUCCUAUUCUUACAUAAAUGCUCAUAACUGAUAUGUAUUUAGUAACUAUAUACUUUAUUAUAAAAUUAGUGCAAACUUUAGGAAAGUGUCACUGGGUUAUAGAAUAUCUUGGUUUUGUGGGUUAAAAAACUAAGAUUAUCCCCAUGACAAGGCCAUUGAAUAAUAUUAUUAUUAUUAUUAUUAUUAUAUUAAUACUACUACUACUAUGACUACUACAAUACUACUACUACGAAGUGGUGUGCCUGAGUAAGAAAACUAGGUUUGAAGUAGGUAGCAUUUAUGCAAAGGGUUAUCAAUUGUUCACAUUAAAGCAUGUUCUUCCUAUUGUUUUGUAUUCAACUACAACAGAAGUUGCUUGUAAUGAGUCACUCACCUACUCAGUCAAGUGCUGAUUAUUGUAUGGGUGCUACAAGGCAAUUGAGAAUGUCUGAUGUAGUAGAAAUAAAUAUAUAUUGACUAAGUAGUUGGCUCAAUGGUAUGAAUCAUUAUUUUUGUACAAAAUCUGUAAAUCUGAAAGUAGUAUUCCCUGAUUUUCUAAAUUUCUGCUGCUUCAGACAGUUUGGUGAUAACCAAAUGGUUGGUAGCUACCUUGCUUCAUGUGUUAACUAACCCACCACUGGUCUUGGUAGGGAGCUCUUGUUUAAAAUAACUGUAGUUGCCAUGUUGACCAUCGCAAACAUAAGACAUUGUCUAUUAAAGUGUGAUAAAAUCUGAUCAUUUUGAGAGGAAGUUUGGUAUUUAUGGAGGGAGUUACAAAUAAACCAUUUGGAUUGGA